UAUAAUUAAAGUGUCAUGAGAUAAAAUACACAUUAAAACAUUAUGUCCUAAUAUCAUACAUGGAUAAGGGAAAUUAGCAAAAUACAUUACAGAAUAUAAGUAAGUAAGGUAAAAUAACUACGGUUCUUGAAUGGAACGUAAUUUUUUACAUGCUUCAUCCCAAGACUUUUUUGUAAAUGUAAGACGACCAUUAGCAAAAAUCUUUGUAAUGGUUUCAGAAGACUCAGUAGCUGUAGAGGAUGUGUCUGACGCGCUUUCUGAUCGGUAGCGAUUUGGGCAAACUUUUGCAGUAUGACCCUCACGGUGCCGACGACGUCGCUAGCUGGAGGCUGAAAAUACAUGCAAAAAUAAAUCAAUCAAUUGACCGAGAGAAGGGCGAACUCACCGGCACCGGCGAGGAGCGGAGAACAGGGGGCGCUAUGGAAGAACAACGACAGCAAGCUUCGCCGGAGAAGAAACCAGAUCUACCGCCGCAGAGGGAAAACCAGAAAUGGGGAAGAAAGGUAAGGCGCGGGCGAUAUGAAGGAGUAUAUUCGACAGCUUUGGCUGUCGAAUAUACAGAAAAAACGAUGUCGUUCCCAUAAAUAAAUAUAUUCGACAGCCAAAGGCUGUCGAAUAUAUUUGUAUAUUCGACAAAAAAGUUGUUGAAUAUGAAUACUGUCGAUUAAACAAGAAAUUUCCAUUAUUAUCGUCAAUUUUACAUCUUCAUCAAUCUUUUUGUCGAUUAUGUACACAUUUUCGACAGAAAUGUGACUGUCGAAUAUAAUAUUGUCGCUUAU